CUGUGUUCUGUGACUACUACAACGAUCCAGGUGAAUGUGAAUGGCAUUACAGCCCUUGCCACACACCUUGCUUCAAGACCUGUCUGAAUCCAAAUGGGACCUGUGACAACCCUCUUCCCAAUCUGGAAGGUUGUUACCCAAAAUGCCCUCCAGAUAGGCCAAUAUUUGAUGAAGAGACCGGGGAGUGUGUCGAGGAAUGCCCACCAACAGGCCCAUCAACAACAACCCCCCAGGCAACCACACCAACACCAACAACAACACCGUGGACACCAACAACUACCACAUUGACAACAGAACCACCAACAACCACACCACCACCAACAACAACACCACCAACAACCACACCACCACCAACAACAACCACACCAAUGCCACCAACAACCACACCACCACCAACAACAACAACCACACCAAAGCCAACAACAACCACACCACCAACAACAACAACACCACCACCACCACCAACAACAACAACACCACCACCACCAACAACAACCACACCACCACCAACAACAACAACAACAACAACACCACCACCAACAACAACAACCACACCACCAACAACAACAACCACACCACCAACAACAACAACAACAACACCACCACCACCAACAACAACACCACCACCACCAACAACAACCACACCACCACCAACAACAACAACAACAACAACACCACCACCAACAACAACAACCACACCGCCAACAACAACAACCACACCACCAACAACAACAACAACACCACCACCACCAACAACAACAACACCACCACCACCAACAACAACAACACCACCACCAACAACAACAACAACCACACCACCACCAACAACAACACCACCACCACCACCAACAACAACAACCACACCACCACCAACAACAACAACACCAAUGCCACCAACAACAACAACACCAUUACCACCAACAACAACCACAACCACAACAAUACCAACAACAACAACAAUACCACCAACAACAACAACCACACCAAUACCAACAACAACAACAACACCAACACCAUCAACAACACCAAUACCAACAACAACAACAACAACAUCAAUACAACCAACAACAACCACACAAACACCAACAACCACAACAAUACCACCAACAACAACACCAACAACAACAACAACAAUACCACCAACAACAACAACAAUACCACCAACAACCACAACCACACCAAUACCAACAACAACAACACCACCAACACCAUCAACAACACCAAUACCACCAACAACAACCACACAAACACCAACAACCACAACAAUACCACCAACAACAACACCAACAACAACAACAUCAACACCACCAACAACAACCACACAAACACCAACAACCACACCAAUUCCACCAACAACAACCACACCAAUACCACCAACAACUACCCCCCAGACACCAGAGCCAACAACUACUCCUUGUAUUCCUACCUGUGAGUGGUCAGAAUGGUAUGAUGAAGAUGAUGAUAAAGAUAAGAGUGACUGGGAAACGUAUUGGAAUAUCACGCAGAGUGGAAAAGAAGUGUGUGCAGAUCCACAGGAUAUUGAAUGUGUAGCUACAGACUAUCCA